AUGCCCGAGGCUGAGAAAGUGGACAUAGCAUCCACCCCAAAGGUCGAGUCUAUUUCUGAGCUCACUCUCGAGGCUCAGCCUGAGCCUGCACCCGCGCCCGCCCCGGCACCACCGCCAUUCAAAGAGGGUGGCAUCCAUGGCUAUCUCACAGUUUUCGGCGCAUUCCUCGCCCUCUUCGCGACAUUCGGCCAGAUGAAUGCCUUUGGCAGCUUCCAGCUGUGGUACUCAGAACAUCAGCUCUCAAAUUACUCCCCAUCUGAUAUAUCAUGGAUCGGCUCGCUCCAACUUUGGGUGUUCUUCUUCUCCGGAGGAAUAAUUGGAAGGUUUUUCGACGCGUAUGGACCGACAGUUUUGCUCGCGCUCGGCACUGUAGUAUACACGUUCAGUAUCAUGAUGACCUCCCUCGCCUCUCGCUAUUACCAGUUCAUUCUGGCACAAGGCAUCACCUUUGGUAUAGGAAGUGGUCUCCUUUUCUAUCCCGCUGUCAGCGGUGCUUCGACUCACUUCUUAAAAUGGAGGGCUACAGCGAUCGGCAUCGUCGUGUCCGGAUCGAGCGUUGGCGGGGUUGUUUUCCCUGCGAUGCUACAGCGUCUCUUCAACGAAACCAGUUUUGGCUGGGCCGUGCGUGUAUCUGGAUUCGUCUGUCUCGCUUGUGGCAUCUGUGCCACUCUCACGGUGUCAAGCCGUUUGCCACGUCGAAAACCAGGACCAUGGAUCGACCUGCCGUCCCUACGUGACUUCAAAUUUCUGCUCUUUUGUGCGGGUGCUGGGAUGACAUGUUUUGGUCUGUUCGUUCCUUUCUUCUACAUCGUGCAGUAUGCAGAGGCGCACGGUAUUAGCCAGGCACACGGCUUUAACCUUCUUUCGAUCAUGAACGCCGGCAGCGUAAUAGGGCGGGUGCUCCCAGGCCUUGCGGCAGACGCGGCAGGGCGAUACAACUUGUUCCUCAUCUUCGCAUUCUCGUCAGGCUUAUUCACGCUCGUGCUCUGGCUCACCCAGACGCACUUCCAAGGCCUCAUCGCUUAUGCGGCGAUAUACGGCUUCUUCUCUGGAGCUGUCAUCUCCCUGACCACUCCAUGCAUUGCCCAGAUCUCGCGGAUUGAGCAAAUUGGUACGAGGAUUGGGAUGGCGUAUAGUAUCCUGUCUUUUCCCUCUCUCGUCGGCGCUCCGAUCGCGGGCGCACUGCUGACACGCGCACACGGGGACUUCCACACGAUGAUUAUAUGGACGGGCGUGACGCUGCUCGCAGGGAGCGCCCUGCUGUUGGUGCAAAAGCUCAUCCUCAACAGAAACCCCCUUGCCAAGGUCUAG